AUAUAAAUCAUUCACUAGAAGUAGCAGUAGCAGACCAGCCGCGCAUCUCUUCGGUCCAUCGCCGAAACAAGUCGCGUACCUUUUCUUUUUCCGCUAUGGCAGUCACUUUCUCCGACAUGGGCUCUGCUGCUGGCUUGAAAAAGCUUGAUGAGUACCUCCUCACUCGCAGUUACAUCUCUGGAUACCAAGCUUCAAAGGAUGAUAUCACCGUCUACGCGGCUCUCUCAGGGGCCCCAUCCUCUAGCUAUGUGAAUGUUUCUCGAUGGUAUAACCACAUCGAUGCCCUUUUGAGGAUAUCAGGUGUUUCUGGAGAAGGGUGUGGUGUGACUAUUGAGGGAUUUGCUCCUACAGAGGCUAUUGCCACUCCUCCAGCGGAGGAUUCUAAGGCUGCGGCUGCUGAAGAUGAUGAUGAUGAUGACGACGAUGUAGAUCUGUUCGGUGAAGAGACUGAGGAGGAAAAGAAGGCUGCGGAAGAACGUGCAGCUGCCGUUAAGGCCUCUGGAAAGAAGAAGGAAUCCGGCAAGUCCUCUGUGUUGUUGGAUGUUAAACCAUGGGAUGAUGAGACUGACAUGAAGAAACUUGAAGAAGCAGUGAGAAGUGUCCACAUGGAUGGACUGCAUUGGGGGGCAUGUAAACUUGUGCCUGUUGGUUAUGGAAUAAAGAAAUUGCAAAUUAUGUUGACCAUUGUGGAUGAUUUGGUAUCGGUCGACACUCUCAUCGAGGAACAUCUGACAACUGAACCUGUUAACGAGUAUGUUCAGAGUUGUGAUAUUGUUGCGUUCAACAAAAUAUAAUGGGUGUCUGUUGCUGUUUGGAAUGCAUGCGAUUGCAGUUUCUUGGAGAAGCCUUCUAGGAUGAUAUAUAAGCCUAUAUGUUUUAAGAUUUCUAUCUGUGUUUUUGUUCACUAGAACUCGAUUUAAGGUUUGUGUCUGUUACUUUUGUGAUGGAUAUUUCUCCUUUAUGGCUGUAUGGACAACUUUUCUUUCUGAAUGGAUCAUUUGACUAUAUGGAGUAUCAGUUUUGUCAGGCACUCUUAGAGCAGAUUUGAGCUAUGUUGUGUUGGUUCAAAAAAUCUGCCGAAUUAGGGAUUCAUUUGAAUGUAGAUCUUACAAUUUAAAAUAUGAUAUAGUGAUAUGUUU